ACCAAGCCAUCAUUCACUAAACGGCUUAAGCUGUCGGCUAUAGAAGCACGGUCCUGCUUGGUAUCUUUUAUCAAGCGACCACAUUUUGACCGCAAAGACGCCACCCGCACAUACUUCAGAGAGAGACGGAUCAGGCAGUCGAGCAGCAGCGAUGGCGGCCACGAUCACCCUCAGCAGCGGAUACAAGAUCCCUAUUCUCGGGCUUGGCGUGUGGAGGAUGGAGAGCAAAUCCAUCCGAGAGCUCCUCCUCUCCGCCAUCAAGAUCGGUUACCGCCACUUCGAUUGCGCAGCUGAUUACCAGAACGAAGCCGAAGUUGGUGAAGCACUUGCGGAAGCAUUUCAGACUGGACUUGUCAAAAGAGAGGACCUCUUCAUCACAAGCAAGCUUUGGAAUUCAGACCAUGGGCAUGUGGUUGAGGCCUGCAAGGAUAGCUUGAAGAAGCUUCAGUUAGACUACCUCGAUCUCUACCUUAUCCACUUUCCUAUUGCUAUAAAGCAUUCUGGGGUAGGAACAACUUCUAGCGCUCUUGAUGAAAAUGGUGUGCUAGACAUAGAUACAACAAUAUCCCUGGAGACUACUUGGCAUGCAAUGGAAGAUCUUGUGUCUAUGGGAUUGGUACGCAGUAUUGGAAUCAGCAACUAUGACAUUUUUCUUACUAGAGACUGUUUGUCUUACUCAAAGAUAAAGCCUGCAGUGAACCAGAUAGAAACACAUCCUUAUUUCCAACGUGAUUCUCUCGUCAAAUUUUGCCAGAAGCAUGGAAUCUGUGUCACUGCACAUACUCCUCUAGGCGGCGCUACUUCCAACACUGAGUGGUUUGGUACUGUCUCAUGUCUAGAUGACCCAGUCAUCAAGGCUUUGGCACAAAAAUAUAACAAGACAGUAGCUCAGCUUGUUCUGCGAUGGGGCAUUCAGAGGAACACUGUUGUCAUCCCAAAGUCCUCAAAAAAUGAGAGAAUAUAUGAGAAUUACCAGGUUUUUGAUUUCACAAUAUCUGAUCAGGACAUGGAUAAAAUGAAAAGUAUUGAUCGGAAGUACCGCACCAACCAGCCAGCUAAAUUUUGGGGCAUAGAUCUUUAUGCAUAGAUCAAACAAUUGGGCAAUAUUAGCUGAAGAAGAUGAUGAAACCUAGCAACUUUGCACCCUGCAAAGAGAACUGAAGAAACAAACUCUUUGUUAUUAUUUGAGCUUACAUGUCCUGCAAGAUUUUCAUUGUUUAGAAUGAAAUGAUGUGUUUGUCUGCUUUAAUUUGGUACAGAAGAUGUUAGGCUGCUGUUGUUUGGUGAUCGUUGAUCAGUCAGUUUAUAUUCCAUGUUACAAUGGUUAACUCAGAUUCUGAUGACAUGCUCAAAUGAUUGAUAUGGAGACCGGACAUCUGUGUAUCAGCA